AUGUUUGGAACAUUAGUGUCGGAAGACGUAGAAAUUAAGGUUGAACCAAGCAAAGCAUGGAAGCUUUGGAGCACACUCGACUUUGUCACAGUCGUGUCUAAAGAAAUACUCGAUAAACUUGAAGUAGAGGGGGAUGGUGGUGUUGGUACCGUUCUCAACCUCAUCUUUAAACCUGGGUUUUGGGUUUCAUCGUACAAGGAAAAGUUCGUGAAGAUCGACCAUGAGAAUAUGACGAAAGAAGCAGAGGUUGUGGAAGGUGGGUUUCUCGAUAUUGGAUUUAGCCUCUACAGAUGUCGGUUUGAGAUUAAAGAGAACCCAAAGGACAAAACGGGCUCAUCAUGUGUGGUGAAAGCAACAAUUGAGUAUGAGGUCAAGGAGGAAGCGACUUCGAACGUUUCUCUAGUCAACAUGGAUCAAUUGGUUUACGCUAUCAAGGUUGCCGGCCAACAUCUUGAGAAUUCUAGUUAA